UAAUUAAAAUAGGAAAAAUAAUAAAUGUGAAAUGCAGCAUUUUUAUGCAUGACCUCAAAACAAAACCCGUAAAAAGAUCAACCAAACUUUCCACCAGAUAACAUAAUGUCUUUGAAAAUAAAAAUAACCAUACAGAGGCCAUUUCCUUAUGAUUCUUUAGAGCCUCUAUUAAGAUUAAUGCUUAAUCUUUAUAUAACCCUGGAAGAAAUUCUAUGGGUAAAAAUUAGCAUAAUUUAAAAAAUCUGAAGGUGGUAGGAAUACAGAAUAGCCAUAGAGAAAAAGGGUUAAAGAGAAAAGUUCUCUGUACAAGGUGGAAGAAAGCUAACAUGCACUUGAUUCUGGCCCACCCCCCAUGAGUUAAUUAGAAAUUAGAGAUCUGAAAAUUAAGACUGAACUAAGCCUGGGGUUUUUACCCAUACUCUGGUGAGUGAUCAGGAGUUUAAAAUUGAACAAAUAAUACUAAAAACAAAUGGAUCCUGGGGUUUAAGGUAGAGCUAAGGACAACAAAUAAGACAGCCACAAGGAGAGGAGAUAAAGAGAAAAGUUAAAUGACUAAGGGCCUAAACAUCAAAGUAGAGUAUUUAUAUAUUUAAACUAGCAUAAUAUUUACAAAAACUAAAAUCAUAUUCACAAACAAGUUUUUUCAGAAACUCCAAAGUACAGAAACAUCUCUUAGCAUCUUUUCUGAAAUAAUUAAAAUUAAAAUUUGCUUUUGAGACAGGGUCUUAGACACCAAACUGUCCUCAGACUUCACUCACCUACCUCUGCCUCCUGAGUGCAGGAAUUGCAGGCAUACACCACCACCAUGCCCAGCUAAAAAAUGUUCUAUUAUACAUUUCCAUUCUACCAUCCCAUUCCAAAUGAGUUUCAAGUCUUGAAAUAAUUUCAGAGUAUUACAAAUGGUUCAGCUACCACUUGUUUUGUGGUCAUUUCUUUUUGUUACCACUGAAGAAGAAAAGGAGGAGGAGGAGGAGGAAGAGGAGGAAGGAGGAAGGAGGAAGGAGGAAGGAGGAAGGAGGAAGGAGGAAGGAGGAGGAGGUUUCUUCUUUAAAAAAAUUUCAAAGGCAUAAUGGUGAAUGCCUUUAAUCCCAGAAUUUGGGGAGUAGAAGCAGGCAGGUAUCUGUGAGUUCAAAGCUAGCCUGGUCUACAUCUAAAGUUUCAGGACAACCAGAGUUAUACUGUGAGGCCGUGUUUUGUCUGCAUGUAUGUCUGUGCACCAUGUGUACAGUGUGACAGUUAUGAGCCGAAACCCAGUCCUCUAGAAGAACAGCUGGUGCUUCUAACCACUCAGCCAUUACUCUAGCCUUUCCUUGUCUUUUUCUAGUGCAUUAUGAGGAUUGAAUGCAGGUCCUAAGUCUAGCAAGACAAACACCUUGCAAACAGAGCUACCUCCCCAAGCCUAUAACUUUUUCUUAAUUGCCUUGUGUCUUCUCUUGAUGACUUUGAGCUGGUAGUAUAGUCAACUAUUUACUAGUUUUAAUCCAACUGAAAGUGUAAAGGUUACAUUUGACCAAAUAAUUAACAGAUUUAGCACUUAGUAAAGUAUAAAGGACUUCCAGUUACUUACAGGUCAUAAUUUACCACUAGCAGCACUCAUCUCUGCAAACAAACACUUAAAUGUAAACUCAAAAAACAAAUUUACAAGCCAGAGGUGGUAGCCCCAUACCUCUAAUCCUAGCACUAAGGAGACAGAAGCAGAAGAAUUAAAAAUUUGAAGUCACUCUGGGCUACAGGGAAAUUGUAUGAAAAAAUGACUAAAACAGUAUGAUAGUAUCAAAACCAAAAGAUAGCUCUUAGUAAAGAUGUAGGAGAUUCUCACAGUUUAGUAAUGGCACCAAAAGAGAAAAUAAAUGGACUAACAAACCCACCAUGCUAAAACCAUCAAUAUUUACCCAAAUUAACCAAGAGAUUUAAUUUCAAUCAAUCUCCAAAUGUACAUCUGCAUAUAUCUGUAUGUAAAAAGAGAUGGCUCAGUGGUUAAGAGUGCAUGUGACUUCAUACACAUACACACACACACACACACACACACACACAAAUAAACCUUUAAAGAGAUAAAAUUUACAAAGGAUUUUAGUUGCCAGAACAGCUCUGGCCACUGGGAAGGAAAAAAGAUGCUAAAUGUCUUGGUUGGGUUUUUAAUCCUUGACAAAAGCUAGAGAGAUAUUUGAGUACUUGUGAAGUGGAACUUCAACUGAGUAAAUGCCUCCAUCAGAUUGCCUAUAAGCAUGGUGGUGAGGCAUUUUCUUCAUAACAGUUAAUGUGAGAGGACCCAGCCCACUGUGAUUGGUGCUACCCCUAAGGUGGCACCUCCUAGGGUGUUCCAGAGAGCAAACUGAGGAAGGGGUGGGAGGUAAGCCAGUAAUCAACAUUCCUCCAGGGCUUUUGCUUCAGUGCUUGUCUUCAGGCUCCUGCCCUGACUUACCUCAGUGAUAGAGCAUGACCCAGAGAUUUGUUUGAUAAAAACAAACAAAAAACCCUUUUCUUCCCAAGUUGCUUUUUAUCAUAGUGUUUCAUCCCAGCAACAGAAACUCUAAGGCAGAAAUUGGUACUGGCAGUGAGGUACUGCUGAAACAGACUGGACCCAUAUUUUUAGGAAGGUUGUGGAAACUCUUUGGGCUAGAAAAUUGAGUCAUCAGAGCUUAAUAAUUAGUAAGCUAUUGUGAGAAAGAAAAUGCUGAAAGCAGUGCAGAAGAUGGAAGUGAGGCUGCCUUAUCAAGCUGCAGAGACAGGUUUGAGUCUCUUAAAGGCUCUAUCAGGACCAUUUAAUAGUAUUGUAAAUUAAGAAUCUGUGUUCUGGAUAGGCACAGUGGCACAAAUCUUUACUCCCAACACUUGGAAGCAAGCGGAUCACCGUGAGUUACAGGCCAGCCUAGUCUACAAUCUAUGUCUAAGGUCUAUAUAGUGAGUUCUCAACAGCCAGAGCUAUGUAAAGAAAUCAAUUUAAAAAAAAAAAAAAGAGCUAAAGAUGAUUAAGAAGUGACCAGCAUCAGACUAUAGAAAUGCCUUAAAAGUAUAGCGAUGGUUAAAAGUAUCCUACUGCUCUUCAAGAGGACCAGUUCAAUUCCCAGUACCCCUGUUGAAGCAGGUCACAAUAGCCAGUAACUCCAGGGGGAUUAAAAUCUCUGACCUCAGCAGGGUGUGGUGGUGCACGCCUUUGAUCCCAGCACUUGUGAGGCAGAGGUAGGCGAAUUUCUGAGUUUGAGACCAGCCUGGUCUACAGAGUGAGUUCCAGGACAGCCAGGGCUACACAGAGAAAUCCUGUUUCGGGAAAAAAAAAAAUCUCUGGCCUCUGCAAGCACUUGCACUCACAUAUACACAACCAGACACAGUCACACACAUAUACAAAAUACAAACAAAUAAAUCGUUGGUGGGCAGUGGUGGCACAUGCCUUUAAUCCCAAGGCAGAGGCUCAGUGAGUUCUAGGACUGCUAGGGCUACACAGAGAAACCCUAUCUUGGAAAAAACGAAAACAAAACAAAAACAGGGGUGGGACCAGGAUCACUGAGGCAAAAUCUUCUGGGCAAUGUUUCCUUACACCAGCACACAGAGGUUAGAGUUCAGAGAGGCCAAGGCUAUUUCAUAGAAUGGCAUAGAAUGAGACAAAAACAUUCGAUCCGCCUGAACAAGCUAGCUGUGGAUUCUGUUCAAAGACCCUGCCUCAAUAAAAUCAGGUGGAGAAUCACUAAGAAAAACUCCCAACUUCAACCUCAGGCCUCUAUGUGAGUAAGCAUGCAUAUGCAUGUGCAUAAGCAUAUGUGACUUAGGCACCCAUAUACACGUUAUACACUCACACACACAAAGUAAUGUUUUGUUUUAAGAUUCAUAUAUUUAUGUAUAAUUAUACUGUUGCUCCCUUCAGACACAUCUGAAGAGGGCAGUGGAUCCUAUUACAAAUGGUUGUGAGCCACCAUGUGGUUGCUGGGAAUUGAAUUCAGGACCUCUGGAAGAGCAGUCAGCACUCUUAACCGCUGAGCCACCUCUCCAGCCCACAAAGUACUUUUUUUAAAGGAUAAAAUAUGUAGGAAUUAAUCAAGGAUACAAAAGAUUUGCACUUUCACUGGUGAAUGGUAUUACAGAGGAUAUAAGCACAUUCUGUGUCCAUGCAACACAACUUUAAUAGUUAAAAAUGUCAAUGCCACCCAAAGUAAUCUACAAUUAUGUUUUAUGCACCUUAUGUACAUACAAUUUGUAGCUUUCUUUGAAGGGCUAUUAUAACCCUGCCUGGUCAAGAACUCUAUCUAACCAGUCUGGCUGGCCUCAAACUCACAGAAUACUCACAGAAUUAAAGGUGUACAUCAGCAUGCCCAACCUUGUAUAACGUUGUUGUUGUUAGGUUUAUAGAGACAAGGUUUCUCUGUAUAAUGGAGCCCUUGCAGUCCUGGAACUUGCUCUGUAGACCAUGUUGGCCUUGAACUAACAGAGAUCCGGCUGCCUCUGCCUCCCAAGGACUGGGAUUAAUGGUGUGCACCACCAAUACCCGGCUUAAUUAAAGGGGGGAGGAGGGUAAGUUUAGCUUCCUGAGUCACACGAUGAAUUCCAGGCUUCCUGAAGCUAAGUACCAAGACCUGUCUCAAUAAAAGUAGGGGAAGAGCACCCUACGAUGGAAUGUGUGGUUGGUUCAAUGAAGGUAAGACUUCUAAUUUCUUUUUACCUAGAGUGCUGAGGUUUGAGUCCAAAACUUUACAUUUGCAAAGUAAGUACUCCAAUGAAAUGUUUUCCCCAACAGAAAAACAGUUGUUGAACACCAGCAAAAUUCUUUAUCUGUUGACAUCAAUUGAUGUUUUUAAGUACCCUGAUCUAAAAAGUAGAAAGGUAAGCCAGGCAUAGUGGUGCAUGCCUUUAAUCCCAGCACUGGUUCACACAGUUCCAGGGUAGACAGGGGCACAUAGAGAGACCCUGUCUCAAAUGAACAAAGUAGGAAGGGAAGUAGCUAACUUCACUAUUACCAAAGCAAAAUGUACAAACUUGUUUCCAUCUAUUCAAUUUCUGUUAAUAACGCAGCAUAACCCAACCUUGUUCCUGAUUUUCAACAUCUGGUGCCAUAUUUUACAUAUCUCCUGAAUUCAUUCACCAUUCAACAUCUGAUUGCCAAAGAACUAUUUACUAUUUGCUGAUGUUUGGUGACAACCACUAGAGGUCACCAGCAUAAAACUCUCAAUAUUGAUUCACGCAGGAUCAGUCUAAAUGAUUCACAAUUACUUGUUUCCCUUUACUAAAACAAGAUUCAGUUUAAAUUCAGGUGAACCACUGACAUCUAGUGAAUGCUAUUCUCUCUCUCCACACACACACUGUAUACUUGCAUAUAUAUUAUGGAUAUCAUUCAAGGGCUAAGAAAAAUGGUUCAGUGGUUUAGAGAACUUGCCAUGAAGCAAUAAAAACUAGAGUUUGGAUCUAACAUGCAUGUUACAAGUCAGGCAGCUUGUGCAUGCCUGUAAUCCCAGCUCCAAGCGAAGCAGAGACAGGAGUAUUGGGACUUCCUGGCUUCCAGCCUACCAGAGAAACCCAAUUUCAGAAGAGACCUCAAAGGUCAGAGAGAUAGCUGAGGACAGCUACAUCCUCUUCUGGCCUGUGAGUGUGCAUACACACAGGUACAUACACAUACAAUAAAUAAUCAUACAAAAGAUUCAAAACUUAGGACGGUUGUGGUAGUAUAUAUCAGUAAGAUAUGCUGAAGAGAAGGCAUAGGACCACCGGGUUGAGGCCAAGCUGGUUUACACACACACACACACACACACACACACAGAGAGAGAGAGAGAGAGAGAGACAGAGAGAGAGAGAGAGAGAGAGAGAGUAUUAGAGAGAGUUAGUUGAGAUUUUGCUGGUAGAAUCCAGAUCAUUAGGGCAGGCCUUAGAAACCAUCUCUGCUUCAUGAUCUACAAUCAUAUGAGAAGCUGGUUCUAUAUAUUUUCACUGAGAUUCACCAUAAAGUUGAUAUUAUUUUUAAAAACCACACACAAAUAAUUCAUUCCAAAAUUCAGUGUUCUGAGGCAGAACAUACAAACCUUUGUAUAAUCUAUCAUGUUGUAAUAAAAGUCUGUGUCCAAAUCAAAGGGAGGGCACUCUAUUUUUAUCUUUUCAAAGAAAAUACAUGAACAAAAAAUCUUGUAUUCGAUAGUUUACAGAUUUUUAUUAAAAUAUUUUCCAAUUUUAUUGAUGGAAAAGAAUUCCAGGGAAAAGAAAAACACUAAGAAAAAAACAUACAAACGCAAGUAAAUCUUAAAUUUUUUUUCUUGAUUUGAGACAGGGUUUCUCUGUGUAGCCUUGGCUGUCCUAAAACUCACUUUGUAGGCCAGGCUGGCCUUGGACUCAGAGAUCUGCCUGCCUCUGCCUUCUGAGUGCUGGGACUAAAGAUGUGUGCCACCACUGCCUGACUUCAAUCUUAUUUUUUAAGCCUUCUAUUUAAAGCAAGGUUUAAUGAAUAAUCAAAACAAUUAUCACCCUCCAUGGCUCAGUGAGUCAGAGCACAGUGCUCUGCUCUUCCUGAGAAUGCAAGUUCAGUUUCCAGUGCCCUCGUUGGGUAGCAGGUCCUAAGGGAACCAAAUUUUAGCGUCCAUGGACACCUGCACUCUUGUGCACAUAAUUAAAAAUAAAAUAAAUCAAAGUACCAUCAGCCUCUAAAUUCCCAACUUCAUUUUACAUGACCAGAGUUGGUUGAAGAAUGGAUUUUCUUUCUCUUUUCAAGGCAGUCUCACUAUGGUGGUAGCCCUGGCUGGUCUAGAACAAGAUAACAGAGUAAAAAUACAUUCAUUCUGUCUAGGAAUGGUAUAAUUUCAUCUCUCAGGAAGCUAAGAUGGAAACACCCUGAAUUCAAGGCCAGUGUAGGUUAUGAAGAAGACUAUGUCUCCAACAAAAUAAUACAAAUAACAGGAGAGAUUAACUUCAAAAUGUAUAAUAAAAGCAAGAUUACAAGCAAUACUAAUUCUACAUUCAAAUUAAUAGAUGGGAAUCAUUAUUCUCCUUAAAAUUCAAAGAACACUUAAUAAUCAACAAUUAAAUUAGCAACUGACCAAGGGAGAUUCCUAAAAUUAUUACAAAUCUUGAUCCUCUGACUGAGAAAACAGCAUUCAGCUAUGUAAUACGCCAUUCACUAUUAAUGCUCAAAUCCUUCCCCUAAGACCUUGAUUCUAGGUGUGUUCUAGAAAUUAUAAAUCCAUAUCCCACAUAUAGCAUUGCCUAACGUAUUGUUUGAUGUAAACUGUGGCAGUAGCACAGGCACACACAUGCUUCUAAGAAAGUGUCUGUUUAUUCCAUGUGAAUAAGAUUAUAAACAGCCUUGUCACUUCAGUAAAACUUGCCCCUAAUCGCUUAACAAAAAUCAUAUAAAACUUUUUAUCUUUUUAAAUUUUAGAAUACAUAAUAAAGUAACAACCAACUAUACUAUUUUUUAUAUAUGGGCGAGUCUCAUUUAUACCUUACAAACAAACCUCUGAGCUGGUGUGUAUUUUCCCCACUUUCUUUACAGAAGAGUUCAGGGACGUACACUUAAAGGAGUUUCUCUUGCUUCUCCCAAGAGCAACAGUGGAACCACCAAGACAUGAAUCUAGAUGACCUUAGUUCAGAGUACACCCUAUUACUUAUGAAAUGAUAAAACAGCUAUGAAUAGCAUGGAAAAAAUCAUCUCGACAAGAGUUUGCAAUCUCAUGACUAUUAAUUACAUUCACAUCUAAAAGCCUACAUUAACUUCAUUUCUGAAUUAGAAUAUUUUUUUAAUUCUGUUUUAAGUACAGGGUAUGGAGACUACACACAUCACUGAGUACACAUGAAGCUCAGAAGACAACUGGUUGAGGACUUGGUCCUUUCCUUGACCAUGUUGGUUGCAUGUAUACAGCUCGUGUCAGCAGCCUUGGCAGCAAGCACCUUUUACUUGCUAAGCCUUCUUGCUUAUCCUGAAUUAGAAUUCUAACUCAUUAGAAUUAACAAGCUCCAAGUCAGUAUAGUAAAACUAACUGAAUUAGCAAGAAUAAUAAAAAAAUACUUGCCAGCUCAAUUUCAGUCCAAAAAUAUUGGAAUCCAGUCCUUUUUUUCAUCAUUACUAAAAUUAGGUGCAUGCAGUUGUGCUCAUAACCAUUUGGCCAUCUCUUUAGGUCCCACUUUGUUGUUCUUAUAAGACAAGAUCUCAAGAGCCCAAGAUGACCUCAAACUUCUUAUCCUGCCUCUAUCUCUCAAGUGCUACGAUUGUCGAUGUGUAGCAACAUCGUCCAGUUUUAUGUGGUACAGAGGAUGGAACCGCCUUGGACUCCAUUCACGAAUGCUAAGCAAGCCUCCACUCUAUGAACUGGGUUAUAUCCUCAGAUGAACACCUUUCCUCUUGUUGAACAAUGUCAUAAAUUACAGUUUUCAGCUUUCUCAGUUAUAAAAUAUGGGGCCGGACGGUGGUGGCACACGCCUUUGAUCCCAGUACUUGGAGGCAAAGGCAGGCAGAUUUCUGAGUUCAAGGCCAGCCUGGUCUACAAAGUGAGUGCCAGGACAGCCAGGGCUACACAGAGAAACCCUGUCUCAAAAAAAUAAAUUAAAAAAAAAAUAUAUAUAUAUAUAUACACAUACAUACAUACACAUAUAUAUUUGUGAAUACUCUUACAUUUACAAUUCACUUUUAUAAGGUUUUUCUUUUUAAAUUUUAUGCAUUUAUCUUUAUGUGUAUGGAUGUUUGCCCAAAGAUACCAGAAGAGGAUGUAAGAUCUCCUAGGAAUUAAACCUGAGUCCUCUGGAAAAGCAGUCAGAGCUCUUAGCCACUAAGCUGUCUCUCCACUCCCACAUGUACAAUUCUUAACAAUUUUAGCCUAGAAGUACUUAUUCUAUCUUUGAUAUUUUAUUUUAAAAUAAGGCAAAAUUAUUUUAUAUGAUUAAAGGAGAAUUCAUUUGGUCCAAAUAAGCAUGUUUCUAAUUUCAGACUUUACUACUCUACUGCAUACUAAUUCAGAACACUCAUGACAGAAACUAAGAAUGUGUUUAUGUGAAAAUCUGAACAUGAAUAAGAACUGUAGGCUUUAGGAUCCAGGUAUACUACUUAAAAACUAUGCUAUGCUAUAAUCAUGUAACCUACUAUUAAAAUUUCCAAAGGGUUAAAACCUGAACACAAUCUCUAUACUUAACCUUAAGAAAGUCAAUGAAGAAGUGAACCAUGAUGGUGUACCCCUGUAAUCACAACACUAGAGAGGAUGAGACACAAGGAUUGCCAGAAAUUUGAGGUCUAAGCUAUAUAGUGCCAAACCAGCCAGAGCUACAAACCCUGCAAAGCAGUUUCUCUCACUUGACACAUAACCAUUGCAACUACAGGUAUUUCAAAAUACUCUAGGCUUUAAGUCUCUAAAAUUCCAUGACCUCUUCCCACAAGAAUGGCCCAAAAAAAGGUUUAAAUCUAAUUCUUUUCAUUAAAAGUGCAAUAACUUACCAAUUAAUAAAGUCACUGUCUUAGCUCCUUUCAAUAAGACACCAAGACCAAGGCAAUGUAUAAAACAAUGUGUUUAAUUUGGACUUAUGUUUCAAAGGGUUAGAUUACACGAUGGAGCAAAGGAUGGCAGCAGGAACAGCUGGGAACUUACAUUUUGAUUCCAACGUAGGGAAAGCACCAGCAAUCUUUUACAACCUCAUAGCCCAACCCCAGUGACACACCUCCUCCACCGAGGCCACAUGUCCAAAUCCUUCCCAGUUUUACCAGCUGGGGACCAAGUCUUCAAAGCCUAAGGACGGUUAUUCUAUUCAAACCACUUAAUUUUUUUGUGAGGGGUUGUGUUGUGGCUAGCCCUCAUGCAGUUUGUAUUUUGAUGCUAAUUCUGCUUCCCCAAGUAAGGCUACUUAGGACCAGGCUACUAAGGAUUUCACAGGUAAGCCUUCUAAUGAAUAAAGAUUUCUAGGAAACCAAUCACUGGGCAAGCAAGACUUCUGGGUCAGGCGGAGGGACAGCAGAGGGACAGCUGAGGGACAGCAGAGGGACAGCUGAGGGACAGCAGAGGCAGGGCUUUUGGACUUUUGGAUGGAGCAAAAAUGUAGGUAGUGGAGACCCACAGUUCAGGCAAUGGAUCCCAGGGAUUUCCUACUGUUAGAAUGGCUUACUAUUAGCAUGCUAAUUAUAGUGCCCAACAACUUUGUUGCCUUUUGACUCUAAACUAAGAUUGAGUGAUGUUUUCCUUCACUCAGCGACUUAACUGAGUUCCAGAGAAAGGUAUGAUGGCAGGGCACUACAGACAGUCACAGAAAUUUGGAAGUGUGAACCUAGAACAGCAGUGACCCUCCAUGGGAACUUAGUGAGCUGAGUGGAGAGAUUUCGGAGCUCUGGAUCAGAGAGUCUCCAUGAGAUGGGAACAUGGCUGGCCAGUGACCUGCUGGAGAUAGUGUGGAUUGCUUUAUUUUAUUUUAUUUUAUUUUUUCAGUAGUUCAUGCUACAGGGUUGCUUUUAAAUAACUCAUAUAUAUUAAAUAACUUAAAUAUUCAAAUCACUUACUGGUAACUAAUUUAAAAUACUUAGCAAUCUAAACUUUUAUGGAGUACACUGUUCUCAUAACUUUGACAGCUGAAUUUGAACCAACCCUUCAAGAAUUAACAAAUACUUAAUAAUUUGAACAGCCAUUUAGAAAAGUCCUAUGAAGCCAGGAAGCAGAGACAGGAAGAUAGAUCUCUGAGUUGGAGCCCAGCCUGGUCUACAAAGUGAAUUCAAGGACACUCAAGGUUACACAGAGAAAUCCUGUCGCAAAAAAACAAAAGCAUGGAGUCUAACUCAUAGGAAGCAGCCUGUUCCAGUUCAAAUUAUAGAACAGCAUCAUAAAACGUCUCCCUCCAGGACCCAGCCUGGCAAUCUGGUAUACACACUACCCACAAGCCAGACUGAUCACCUUCAAUGUGAAAGAAAUGUUCUCAUAUAUCAGCAUGCAUACAAGAGAAAAGACCUACAUCUGCUAUCAAAAGCAACCUUCCUCAUGGUAGUCCAAGGAAUUCAGAAUAUGGGUCUGAGGGGGAAAGUAGCAACAAAAUUGUAGCACAUGAAACAAGAACCCUGGAUUUAGCUAGUGCUUGGGGGGUAAGAGGCAGUUCUCCAAAGCGAGCUUUGGGACAGCCAGAACAACAAAGAAAACCUGCCCCUUGUAACCAAGAUUAGACAGACAGACAGACAACCACAUGAUUUACAAACAGAUGGUAGAUUCCAAUUCACAUUCCAAUGCUAACACUUAGAACUGACCUUAGGCAAAUUAUCUUGCUAUACCAGUAUAAUACUAAUACUCAGAAAACAUGAGAGUUUAUCUGUAAAAUUACAAUUCAAAAGAAUAGAUUUGGAGCCAUGAAUACACACCUGUAAUCUCAGAACCUGGGAGGCAGAGGCAGAGGCAGAAGGGAAUAAAUUAGGUCAGACUCAACUAUAUAGCAAGUUUGAGGCACUCAAGGAAAGAGAAGAAAAAAAGAAGGAAUGGGAAAAUGGAGAAGGGGAAAGGUAUAGUUUUAACCUCUUAAAUCUUACUUUUAAUAUGGGUUUUAAAACCUUUUAACCUCCUUUUUAGCCCAUCACCCCCAGAGGUAGUGGAAAAGAAAGGUUAUUAGGGUACAGGGAAGCAGACUGUUUAGAAAUUUUUUUUGGAGCAAAUAUCAUCUGUGUUUUCAGGAAAUCAGUAGUUUAGUUCACAGGUCAGCAGUAUUAUACUUUACAAAUAUACCAGUGGUCUAGUUUGGUAGUGUCAGGAUAGCACACACGAAUCAUCAGAGAUAGCAUGACUUAACAGAAAUAGCCAGGCCUUAGCAGAACCAGCACAAGCCAGCAGGAGGGACCAGAACCACCAGGGAUGCCAGGAGGGUUUUUUAGGCAUAUUUUUCUCAACAAAGCGGAGAUCAGUGAAGACGACCAAGAAGCCAAACCCCUCUCCCCACCACUGUCUGCUGAGUCUUAUUUAUACUCCCUCCAAUCAUCAUGAGUCUUCCACGGGUCUUGACUCAGUUUGCAUCAGCUGACAUCACUCUGCCAAUCAGCCCAAAUCCACUGAAGCUGUAGAAACCUCUCAUGAAGCUUCCUGGUGCAUUUCUCUCUAUGGAGUCAUGACAAAUGGAAUUCAACAAUACAUAAGGCAAACCACACGUGUGUCCUUUCACAUAUGCCCUUUAAAUCCAUCAUAUGCCCUUUCACAUGCUUGCUUUAGAAAAAUAUCCUAUCCCCUUUGUCUGCUUCAGGAAAACAUUUCUUAAUGUGUUUGCCCCAGCAAAAUACCAUCCGACAGAACUGACUUUCCAAAGAAACCAGAAGUUUCCAUCUCAGAAAGGGAAAGGAGAAAAAAAUAGAAAGAGAAGGAGUAAAGAGAAAGAAAUGUAAAUGUGGUAAGAGGAGUUUCUGCACAACUUUUUUCCUGGGCCAAUGAACCAAGAGGUGAAGAGAAAUGUCAGCAAAUGGAAGUGUAAGAGCUCUCAAUGAACACUGUGGGAGCAGGUACUGUGAUUCAUAAGGGCUAUGGGGGGGCUACAGGGGUAGACAUGGAGGAUCCUUUAACUUACAAAGAAAUCACAGGAUGUAGUGUUUAAAAAAUAGCAGACACUAUGACCAAACUGCCUACAAUUGUCAUAGCAUAGACAAGGCCACCUGUAACUGCACUAGAAAAGGAAGGACCUGAAGCACAGCAUUACUAUAGUGAGAUGGUUGAGGCUGGAGCGACAGGUCCAUGUCUUCCAGAAGACCUGCGAUCCAUUCCCAGCAUACAAUUUCCUGAAAAUACAAUUUCUGAGGAUUUAACUUGUGCUUCUGGCCUAGGCAGGCACUGCAUACACAUGGUACACAGACAUGCAAACCAGACACCAAUAUACAUAAAAUAAAUUUUAAAAACUAAAAAUGUAUUUCAAGCACCUGCCAUAAUAUUAAAGUUCUAUUAGUUGUGUACAAAUGUCGCAAUUUCCACACCUUUACCAACACUUGAUAUUUUGUUGGGUUUGUGUUGGGAUUAGGAGUUGAACUCCUGAGCCUCACACAUAGUAGGCAAGUACUCCACCAAAGAGGUAUAUAUAGCCAACUCUUUUGUAUUUUUUAUCUUGAGAGUGUUAUCAAAAUUGCCCAGGAUAGCCUUGAACUUAUUCUUUUGCCUCACCUUCCCUAGAAAAUGGAUUAUACACAACUAGGCUCAACUCACUGAGGUUUUGUUUUGCACUGGAAUUUAGACGUAGGGCCACCCUGUCUGACCUUUUCUUUCCUUUUUCUUCACUUCCUGACUAAAAUACACUUCUAGCUAUCUGUCAUUCUUUCAUUUCACUGAGUCUGGUAAAUAGCCUUUUCUGCUCUACACCUCUCACAUGCUGUUCCCCAUACAUGAAAGAAUUCUCCCACUUGGCCUACUCUUCAGGUCAAAGCUUAGCUGUCCUUUUCUCUGGGAAUCUAUUAUCAAAACCACGAGUAUAAAUGAGCUAGCCCUUCUGUGCAGUGAAAUUUCUUUAGUAUAACAUUUGUUAACAUGGAUACAACUCUACUUGUCUUUAUUACUACCUUAUAAUCAAUGAGAGUAGAGAUUAUAUUGACCUUCACAGGCAAUUCUAAGUAACUGUUGAAAAUAUAAACACUGAUCUAAAUAUUAUUUAAAUGAACUAUUGUUUUUAAGGAACUCUGAAUGAUACAGAGUUGAACAUUUAUUAUUCUAUUUGAUUUUUAAAAUCAAUAAAGAUUAAAUUAAGUUUUACCAAUUUUUUUUGAGUUCUUUUUUUGGAGGCAGUGUUUCUCUGUGUAACUCCAGAUCUCACUAGACUGGCCUCAAACUCACAUACCUCCAAAUGCAUGCACCACCAUGCCCAGUUAAGGUUUAAAAAAUAACCAAAAUAACACAUUAUAUGUGUGUGUGGCAUUUGUCCAUAGAGGCCCAAAGAAGAGUGUCAUAUCCCUUAGAGGUAGAGUUACAGGUAAUUAUGAACUGCCUAGUGUGGGGUACUGAGAAAUAAAUGUGAGCUCUCUAUAGUAAGAGUAGCAAGUGCUUGUAACCUUACUAAACCACUCUCAUAAUUUUUCUCUUUUUAAAUUUUUUUUAGAUUUAUAUAUUUUAUUUUUACAUGUAUGAGAGUUUUGUAUCUGUGUACCACAUCUAUACUUAACACCCUUGGAGGUCAGAAGAGGACACCAGAUCCCCUAGAACUGGAGUUAUAGACACUUGUGAGCCACCAUGUACAUACUGGUUAGUAAGUCAAUCAAAGGACAAUUCUUUCUUGUCACGGGGAUCUGGGAUCCCUUCUUAAAAAUAGCCAUCUUGGAAACCGGGCAUGGUGGUGCACGCCUUUAAUCCCAGCACUUGGGAAGCAGAGGCAGACGGAUUUCUGAGUUCAAGGCCAGCCUGGUCUACAGAGUGAGUUCCAAGACAGCAAGGGCUACACAGAGAAACCCUAUCUUGAAAAACCAAAAUCCAAAAGGGAAAAAAAAAAAAAAGCCAUCUUGGGGGCAGGACAGAUAGUUCAGUGGUUAAGAGCACUGACUGCUCUUCCAGAAGACCCAGAUUCAAUUCUGAGCACUCACAUGGCAGCUCAGAACUCCCAUAACACAUUCCAGGGGAUCCAACAUCUUCACACAGACAAAUACUCAGUUAAAAUACCAAUGUAUAUAAAAUAAAAUAAAAAAAUAGCAAUCUCUCUAGCCCCGUCUUAAAAAAACAACUACCAUGUGACCCAGCAAUCCUAUCUCUUGGCCUUCUCCAGAACUGAAAACAUCUCAGACAUCUGCACAAGUUCUCAGUAGCACUGUUCUCAAAAUCUAACAAGUAAAUCCAAAUGUCCAUCAACAAAUUAACAAACAAGCAAAAAGUCAUGUAUACAUUCAAUACAUUAUUCCUGUAAAAAUGAAAUGUGAGCCAGUAUGGUAGCAUAGGUCCGUGAUCCAGGCACUUGAAAGGAAAAAGAUCAAAAGUUCAAGGCCAGCCUGGGCCACAGUUGAGAGAGAAUGAAUGAAAGGAAUUUUGGCAUAUGACACACAAUGCACGGUUGAACCUCAAGGACAGUGAAAGUGGGGGAGUCACAAGAAAAAUAUUGUGCCAUCCCACUCAUAUGAUAUAUCCAGAGUGGUCAGAUCUGUGCAGACACAACACAUUAAAUAACUCAGAAACAAAGUAAAAUAAGGGCUGGCAGGAGCUGGGAAAAGAGAAACAUUCUGGAUCCUGGUUGUAUAACAAGAUUAAGUAUUUAACCCCACGGAACUGUAUAUUUAUAAUGGUGGUCAACUUUAACAGGUUAUGGGGAGCAUAUGCAUUCCUGAAGAUGCAAAAAAAUCAUUAGUUCAAAACCAAACUGGGCUACAUGGGCAGACCUUGUCUCAAAAAGCAAAACAAACAGGAAGAAUGAUUCUGAGGCUGGAAUGUUUGUAACUCAUGUUACAAACAUGUAAUCUUUCUGCUUUAUUAUAAAAUUAUUCCAUUAUAAAUAAUUUCAACUUCACUUAAAAUGUCUUAGAACUACCUCUAAGAUUAUCCUUAAUGUAAAUUCUCAACAAUCAAAGUACUAUUACUUGACAUGAGCAUUAAGUAAAAUGCAAAUUGAUACAAGCAACAGCAAAGACACAGAUGAUCUACAGUUCAAACAAUCCACCACUGAUACUAUAAUGUUGACUUAAUUCUACAACAUACUCUGACUUCUCAUUUAUACUGAUUCUGCCAACAAAUGAAGAGUUUCCAUUACCUGGUAACUCACAGUCAUUAGGAGACGUUUCCAAAGUUAACUGUGAAAUCAUCUUCCUGGAAAGUUAAAAAUACAUCAGAUCCAUCUGUCCAAAUGCUAUCACUCCAGAAACCACUUGUUACUAAAUAUCUGCAUACUGUUCAACAUUGCUCCUAGGAACAAGAUGAUUCCAAACACCAUUUAAAAAAAAAAAAAAAAGACCUACUUAGUUUUAGAACUCCAAUAAUCUUUUCUUAGAAAUUAUAGAAAAUCAGGUGAAGAAAUAAGAUAUUGAUCCAAGCACACUAGACUAGCCUGGGCAUCUAAACAGAUAUAUAUUUGAAUCCCUCUAACUAGCUUUAUAAAUGCCCAGUAGCCUUGUUCUUAGCUUCUUCAAUUCUUGAAUGUGAAGGCUGAAUUGGAUAUCUUUUUAGGAUAUACUACUAACUAUAGGGCUAGAAAGAUGGCCUAGGGAGUAGCUCCAAGCCUGCUACCUAAGUUUGGUCCCUGGAACCUAUAUGACAAUAGGAGAGAACCAACUCCCACAGAUUGUCUUUUGUCUGUCCGUCUCUGCUCCCCCUCUACCUCCACACACAAUGUACAUACAUUAAUUAUUAAUUAAUUAGUUGAUUAAUUAAUUUGAAAAAAGAAUUGGUAAAGAACACAUAUUCCAGGCAUGCAAGAUUUGAAACUUUUACUAACUCAGUUUCUCUAUCCUUUUACCACUUUCCCUGCACUGUACAAAGAAGCCAGUGACCACACACACACAACAAAAAUACAAAAUGUAGAAAACAAUCAAGAAAGGAGGUGAAUCUGACUUUCAGAGUUGCUGUUAUUAAAAUAUUAUUUUAAUUGAAUCAAAAAAAUGUAGAACUAAGCAUAUAUAGUGCUUGAAGAUCGUGCAUAAAGCCCUGAGUUCAGUCUCCAGCAAUACAAAUGAAUCAUAAAAUUACUAAGUAUGCAACAAAAGAUGUAACACAAAUUAAAUAUCAUAAAACAUAGGGAAGAAAGCAAAAUAAGUGCAUGUUCCUUGUUCUCCAAGAAGGCUCAAACACAGGUUUUACUCAGUAUCUCAGUUACAUUUCUGUUGCUAUGACAAAGCACCAUGACCAAAAGCAACUUGGGAGAAAAAGGUUUAUUUCAGUUUACAGCUUACAGUCACUCAUUCAGAGAAGUCAGGGCAGGAACUCAAGACAAAUCUGCAGACAGAAACUGAAGCAAAGGCCAUGGAGAAGUGCUGCUUACUGGCUUGCUCUUCCUGGCUUGCUGAGCUUGCUUUCUUUAUCUACCCAGAGAUCCCAUAAUGAAUAGAUUGGUCUGUACAGCCGCUGAAAUUUGCUACAUUGUGGCUCUUCUUUUUCCCACUCUUUAUAUCCCUGGUUUCAUCCCCCAUCAUUAGACAAGAGAAAGAAAGAUAGAGGGGAAAGAGAGAGAUCUGUGAAUCAAUCUUAUAGAGGCAUUUUCUUGAUCAGAGUUUUGGUUUUGUUUUUAACUAAAAAUUCCAGGAGAAUUUUUAUGUCAUACCAAAGAUGUCAAACCAAAGAAGUGCAAUCUCUGAUAUACAGGAAGUACAGAAUACACUUGCACAACAAGCUGUCCUCUGACUUCCACAUGCAUGUUGUUAUUGCAUUCACACAUGCUUGCACACAGGCUGUAGCUCUGUUGGUAGAAUGCUUAUCUGGCAUGUAUCCAAGCUCUAGCCUGGCUCCCUACCCUACUGCCUAACCUGUGUGUGGUGGUGCACCCCUGCAGUUCUGACAGCGGAGGUGGAGCAAGUGCAUCAGAAGUCCAAGGCCAUCAUCAGCUACACAGUGAGUUCUAGUGCAGCCUGGGACAUAGGAGGCACCAUCUCCAGAGAAGAAAAGAGGGAAUAACUGAAAAGUGACAAAAAUGAAUAUCAAUAAACUGAUAUAAAGCAGACAGAAUAAUCAAUUUGAAAUUUUGUACUCUGAGAAUUGAACAACAAAAAUAAAAAUAAAAUUAAGGGCUGGCGAGAUGGCUCAGUGGGUAAGAGCACCCGACUGCUCUUCCGAAGGUCUGAAGUUCAAAUCCCAGCAACCACAUGGUGGCUCACAACCAUCCAUAAUGAGAUCUGACGCCCUCUUCUGGUGUGUCUGAAGACAGCUACAGUGUACUUACAUAUAAUAAAUAAAUAAAUCUUUAAAAAAAUAAUAAAAAUAAAAAUAAACCACAGAAUCCCGUGAGACACAAUUAAAUAAGCCAAUAUAUGCAUAAUGAGAACAAAGAAAAGAUACGCAGACUAAUUAUUUGAAGUAAGUCAAAAACUUUCUAAAUGUGAUGAAAACUGUUCAAUGAAUCACAAAUAGAAUAAUAAACUCAGAGAUUAUUAUCAUGAUAUACCAGAGUCAAACUGUCAAAAAAAGAAACUCAUGCCGGGAGGUGGUGGCGCACGCCUUUAAUCCCAGCACUUGGGAGGCAGAGGCAGGCAGAUUUCUGAGUUCGAGGCCAGCCUGGUCUACAGAGUGAGUUCCAGGACAGUCAGGGCUAUACAGAAAAACCCUGUCUCAAAAAAGAAAAAAAAAAAGAAAAGAAAGAAACUCUUAAGAACAUCCAAAGAAAAGUGACUCAUCACAGCUGAAUUCCCACUAGAAAUAAUGAAGGAAGUACAAUGAUGAAUUAAAAAAGCAGAAAGAGGGGGCUGGAGAGAUGGCUCAGUGGUUAAGAGCACUGACUGCUCUUCCAAAGGUCCUGAGUUUAAAUCCCAGCAACUACAAGGUGGCUCACAACCAUCUGUAAUGAGAUCUGAUGCCCUCUUCUAGAGUGUGUCUGAAGACAGCUACAGUAUACUUACAUAUAAAUAAGAAGAAGAAAAAAAAAAAAACUGAAAGAGACUGCCUCUUGCCCAAAGUAGAUUCAAGCCUUGGCAAAGGUGACCAGACUUCAACCCCCAGAAUCCAUUCAACAAGGAAUGAGGAAGAUUCCAUAAAGUUGUCCUUUGUCCUGCACACACACACACACACACACACACACACACACACACACACACGAUGAUAAUAAUAAAAACAUUGGCAGGAUGGUAGUGAUGCACACCACUAAAUUUCCUUGUGUGACUUUGAGUUUGAGGCCAGCCUGCUUUACAAAGCAAGUUCUAGAACAGCCAGGGCUAACAGAGAAACCCUAUCUUGUAAAACAAAACAAAAUUUAAAGUCUCCCUAUAUCCAGCACGGGUAAAUAUAAAAGAGAAGCUGAGUGUACUGAUACGCCUGCAAUCUGAACACUUGGGCUGUGGGAAGGGAUGAUCGUGAAUCUGAGGCCAACCAGGGUGAAACACAAGGUCAGUCUGAGCAAUUUAGGGAAACCUCCAUUUAAAAAUAUAAAGUGAAAGAAGAGUUGAACUUUGUUUUCCUUCCCAAUUUAAGACACAAGUUCAUUUAGUAAUAAUUAGAAGUCUGCAUUGGUUGGACAGACACUGAACUUACAUAAAUUGUAGGAGACCAGGGCUUUGCAAAUGACAGACAAGCACUCUACUAACUCAGCUACAUCCCAGCUGCAAAAUUACAAAGUAUUUUAACUAGUAUUUUCCUGAAUGUAUGUUUUCUUGCAGAGGGUGGGGGCAGUACUAUUCAGUGAAUCUAAGCCUUUACAAAUGCUAAGCUAGGGCUCUACCAACCAAGCUAUAUAUACAGCCCCAGCUCUUUUUCCAUGUUUUUUUUUUAACAUACUUGAUUAGUAGUGUAUAACAUGGACUAUUUUCAGUUAAGUGCCACAUGCUACUCAUUAAGCACUUCAAAAAGUUACAGUAUCUUAUUUUGAAGGGAGAAAGGCUUUUGCAUUAAGCCUAUAGUAAUGUAUUCAAUUGUAAGAUUCCUCUGGCAAUCCAUUUCUCAGAAAAAGGGGACAUACAUCAUUUUAAAUCAGGCUUGGUGUCAUCCUACACUACUACUACUACUACUGAAACAUUACCUCCAUUCUGUGGACUUCCCCAGUCACACCACCAAAUUUACAGUUUAAUGAAAUGCUCUCAGCAACUUUGUUCAUUUAACAAUAAUUUAGCAAACACCUGUAUCAUGUGCCAGGUUCUUCCUACCUGAUCCUGGGGCUGGAGAGAUGGCUCAGCGGUUAAGAGCACUGACUGCUCUUCCGAAGGUCCUGAGUUCAAAUCCCAGCACCCACAUGGUGGCUCACAACCACCUGUAAUGAGAUCUAAUGCCCUCCUCUGGUGUGUCUGAAGUCAACUACAGUGUACUUAAGAUAUAUAUAAUAAAAUAAUAAAUUUUUUAAAAACCCACCUGAUCCUUUCAAAGAACUUACACCAAUCUAUUACAGAAAAGGACAGCAAACUUAAAAAUACAAAUUUUAUGAAGUGCCAGAAAGGAAUAACAAAAGGAAACAGUAUGUGCAAACAACCAAGACACACAAAAACAGAGGUGUUACAGAAUCUUGGUUCCUACUUGUAGUGAUUUGAAUGAGAACAGCCACCAUAAACUCAUACUCGCUUGCUUGGUCCCCAGCUGGUAAACUGGAAGGAUUGGGAGGUGUGACCUUGUUAGAGGAGGUGUGUCACUGGGGCGUUGGGGUCUCAAAAGCCCACUGACAGGCCCAGCGCCUACGUCUACCUGCGUUUGUCUCUCUGUCUGUCUCUUUCCUCCCUCCCACCUCCUCUCUGCCUGCUCGUCAGGAUGUAGCUCUCAGCUACUUUUCCAGCACCAUGUGUUCCAUCUGUGCCAUGCUCCCCACUAGGAUAACAGACUAACUCAAUGUAACCAUAAAAAAGCCCCCAAUUAAAUGUUUUCUUUCAUAAGACUUGCCGUGGUCAUGGUGUCUCUUCACAGCAAUAGAACAGUGACUAAGACUGACUCUUACCCACUUUCUAAAUAUGUAAGCUUGUGUAUGGCCUCCAUUCAGUUUUAAUGGUUCUGGAAAAAAGUAGCACAAAGAUGAUUAAGUACUUUAAGAAAAGCUAGGAAUGGAGGCACAAAACUAUAAUCCUAGCCCUUGGAAGACCUCUGAGGCAGGGCUUCAUGGAGUUCAAUAGCCACCUGGGCUGCAUAACAAAUACCAGACCAGCCUAGUGAGAUCCUAACUCAGUAAUUAAAUAAAACCACAGUCUGGGCCACUAUAAAAGUUCUAUUAUCUGAUAUAACUCAUACACUUGAAUGUCUGGUCCCCAGUUAAAAGGCUAUGUAGGAAGGGUUAGGAGCUGAAGCUUUGAUGGAGAUAUGUCAGGGGAGUGCCAGGCAGGCCAGUCUUACUGUCUCUCUCUGCCUCCUACCUACCGAUCAGGAUGUAAGCUCUCAGCCUAAUCCAGAACAAGCCUACCUGCUUGCCUGCCUGUCACCAUGUUCCCAGCCAUGAUGAAAAUAGACUAGCCUACUCAAACUAUAAGCAAACCCAAUGAAAUGCUUUCUUCUAUAAGUUGACUUGGUAAUGUGGCUCUUCACAGCAACAGAACAGUACAGUAUCUAAGACAACAUCAAAACCAUUACAUCUCCAUUAACAAAUAGCUUCAUGGGCUGGAGAGAUGGCUCAGCGGUUAAGAGCACUGGCUGCUCUUCCAGAGGUCCUGAGUUCAAUUCCCAGCAACCACAUGGUGGCUCACAACCAUCCGUAAUAGGAUCUGAUGCCCUCUUCUGGUGUGUCUGAAGAGAACAGAAGACCAGAGGUCAAUCUCAGCUACACAGCAAACUUAAGGCCUGCCUGGCCUAUAUGAGCUCCUAUCUCAGAAAAGAAAAAGGGAGAGAGGACAGACAGAUGGUAGACAGAUAUACAGACAGACAUAGAUAGAUCUUUUAUUAUUAUUAACAAGUAGUAACUAAAUAUCACCCCUAACAUUUACUGAGUACUUACUUAUAACUGACUUAAAAUAAAUAUACAACAAUAUUGAAUCCAAAAGUCAAAGCAAAUGUCAGGGAAAUAAAAUGUUUUAAUUCGCAAAAGUUCUAAAUAGAUACUUCAUUGAAACAAACAAGCAUAAAAAAGAUUGUCUAACUUAGAGACUGAGACGGUAAGUAGCCUGGGCUUAUUACAUUAAAAAAAAAAAACAAAACAAAAACAAAAUUGAUUGUCCUUAUACAUGAUCAUUCCUAAGCCUUUGUAUCAAAUAGCUGGUAAGACCACCAAAACAAAGCUUAUGACCGACCACAUGCCUUCUGAUCAAAGACCUCACCACCACCUGGAAAACUGGCCUGCCUUCCUCACAUUCCUCCCUCCAAGAAGAGCAGGAGAAAAUAAAACAACUCUGAUCAAGCCCCUAGGGCCAAUGAAUCAAGUUUUAAGGAAAGCAAGCAGGACCAUACAAGGGAUUAAAAUUCCAACACAACGGUAGUGCUAAACACAACUCAGACACUAAGAACCUUAAAGAAAUAAUGGACCUGCCUCCUUCCCACUGUGUGUGUGUGUGUGUCCCCACACAUGUAUCCAUGUGAGUAUGUCUUCAAGCACAUACAUGAAGUCAGAGAACAACUUGACCUCCUACUAUGUGAGUCCCAGAGAUCACACUCAGUCUUAGCAGCCAGUGCUUUUACCAGCUGAACCAUUUCCCUGAUCCUUGUCUAAUUUCUUGAACGAAAAUGACUGAGAUAGAAAUGGUCCAAGCCACAAUCUGGACCCUGAUUCAAAGAGACACCAAGAUUCUAAGCUGGAAAUCUAAACAAUAUAUAUUUGAUAAAAUCGAGGAACUAAUAAUCUAUCUCAACAAUAUGACAUGUAGUAGUUGAGAGUGGCUAUUCCUGGUUGUCAACUUGACUAUAUCUGGAAUGAACUACAAUCCAGAAUUGGAAGGCUCACCUGUGAUCCAGAUCUUGAGACUGGAAGACACAUGUUUCUGACCUGGAGAUCUUGAGGCAUAGUGGCCAUGAGCUUAGGCUCAGGAAAGGAGAUCUCUGAGUUCAAGGUCAGCCUAGGACAGGCAAGUCCCAGAUCCAGGCAUGGUGGUACACACCUUUAAUCUGGGACACACCUUCUGCUGGAGGCCUUCAUAAGGGUAUUAGAAGAAGGAAGAUUCACUCUUCUUUACCUGCUUGCCUUGUGGGACUGAGCAACUACAAGAUCCUCGGACUUCCAUUCACAGCUGCUGCUGACCACUGUUGGAUAGUUAAACUACAGACUAUAAGUCAUCAAGAAAUUCCCUUACUAUAGAGACUACCCAUAAGUUCUGUGACUCUAGAACCUUGACUAAUACAGAAGUUAUACUGCAGUUGUGUUUAAUAGCCCUUAUCUUUAUAUAUACAUACAUAUAUACAUAUAUGACUUUCUUUGUUUUGUUUGAGACAGGCCCUCCCUGUCACCCAGGUUAGCCUAGAACUCACUAGCUAACUAGACUGGUCUCAAAUGAACAGUUAUCCUCCUGUCUCAGCCUGUCCAAGUGUUAGGCUCAUAGGCAUGAGCCAAUACAUAGGCUUUAUAUUAAAAUGUCAUGGGUGAAAUUACAUGGUUCCAAGACCAUGUAAUUCAAAAUAAUUUAUUCAAAAAUAAUGACAUGUGGGCAAAUGGACUUAAAUAAGUUAAAAUAAGAUUGAUCAAGAAAAAGGCUAUAUAGCUCAGUUUGCAGAAUGCUUACCCAGCAUGCACAAAGCCCUGGGUUCCAUCCCUAGAACCACAAUAACCAGGCAUAGUGUUACACUCCUAUAAUCCCAGUAUUGUCAAGAAUUCAAGAUUAUCCUUCUCAGCACAGUGAGACAAGCCAGCCUGAAAUACAAGAGUCUCUGCUUGGGGGAAAGAUAAUGAUCUUAGGGGUUAUACUUUAAGAUAAGUAACAGUUUGUGGGAGAUCUCAGACUGUAUUUUCUAAGCAUGUAUUUAAAGCAAUCCACAAUAAAAAUGCUAAAGCAAGCUUAUAACAAUACAACUGUAGUUGCAAUAUAAAAGAUAAACUUAAAAACACAGGCAGCAUAUAGAAUAAAUUUUAGAUUACAGUACAGAGUUCAGGUAAGAAGAGCACUAUGAACAAAGACAAUGGUAGCAGUGUAAUGGAGCACACAGAAUAAAUCAGGGCUUAAAACUUGAAAUCUGGGCUGGUGAGAUGGCUCAGUGGGUAAGAGCACCCGACUGCUCUUCCGAAGGUCUGAAGUUCAAAUCCCAGCAACCACAUGGUGGCUCACAACCAUCUGUAACAAGAUCUGACGCCCUCUUCUGGAGUGUCUGAAGACAGCUACAGUGUACUUACAUAUAAUAAAUAAAUCUUAAAAAAAAAAAAAACCAACUUGAAAUCUACAGAGGCAGGCGGAUUUCUGAGUUCAAGGCCAGCCUGGUCUACAGAGUGAGUUCCAGGACAGUCAGAGCUACACAGAGAAACCCUGUCUUAGAAAAAAAACAAAACAAAAACCUUAAAAUCUAAAGGUAGAUUUGAGGGGUGGGGAGAGCUGCAAGAAUGCAAUGAAGGGCUGAGAUUACAACUCAGGUAGGAUUCUUGCCUCCUAUGCAUGAAGCAAGCCUUGGAGCUUGGGUUGGACUCACAGUAUCAUACAAACCAGUUUACACCUGUAAUUCCAGCACUGGGGAAGUAGAAAGUAAAUUCAAGAUCCAACCUUGAUACAAAAGACCCUACCUCAUAAAAGAGUAAGGAUAUAUUGAAUGACUUAAUAUCCGGAGUUUGUGGGAGAACACAAGACUGUAUUUUGAAGCAUAUUUUGAAACAUUAAUCCAGCACACAAAAAAUAAUAAAAUUAACUAAAAGCUCGUAAAUUUCAAUCUCAUUUACUUUCUAAGUCUCUUUUAAUCUGCCACUUGAAGCAUUUUAUCACCUCCAAAACAAGCUCCCUAGGUAAAGUCUUGGUUUUAUAUGUAAUUAUAUACCAGAGAGUAGCCCAAAGCAGCACAUAUUUACUCAAUAAAUAAGUAUGAAAAAAAUUAAUAAAAUUCAAGAGACUGGGCCGGGCGGUGGUGACACACGCCUUUAAUCCCAGCACUUGGGAGGCAGAAGCAGGCGGAUUUCUGAGUUCGAGGCCAGCCUGGUCACUCACUCACAAACUGAGUUCCAGGACAGCCCGGGCUAUACAGAGAAACCCUGUCUCGAAAAGCCAAAAUAAAAUUCAAGAGACUGAAUACACUAUAGAAAAGGACUCAGUGACUAAAUAGUAGGAGUAACAUUAACGGGACAGGUUUAAUACAGGUUUAAUGUGGUUAUAGGGAGAACAGGCAUAAACAACUAGCUGAAGAGAUAACAGUUGAAUUGGUAUUAGAAAAGUUAAACAGGAAAUUUACAAAUAAGUCCGAAAGCUAAAAGCAUGACCCUGAGUUUAAAUCCCCAGCUUUGCUUUCUGCUAUCUCCAAAUGUAUAUUUGAGCACAUUUUUAAACUCUGGGUGGACCCCAAUAUUUCAGAGUCAGAAAUUUCAAUUUCACCAACCUCACAAACCUGUGCAUUAGAAUAACAAAUAGUAAAUCUGAGUACUACUGAGAUUGUAAACAGGAUUAUGGCCCUGAAGAUGGCUCAUAUAGGCGUCUAUUGACUACUAUACCUGCUAACCUAAGUUCAAUACCUAGGCCCACAUGGUCCUUUAACCUCAAAACAUAAACUGUGUCCAUGUGCAUGCCCACAUACACACAGGCACACAGAAAAUAAUCAAAAUGUAAUAAAAAUUUUGUGUAUGUGUUUUUAGUAAAAUACAGUGAAAGAACAAAAGAAUUAGAACCUCAGACUACAACUAAAAACAAAAGAGUAUAUUACAGAAAGUGGACAAGAAUGGAGGUGCCCUAUACUAUUCCUUUUAUUGAAAAAGGUAAGGCAUGAAGACUGCCAUUAGUUGAGGCUAUCCUAAGCUACACAGUUGAGCACCACACCAACCAGGAAUACAUAGUUAAGACCUUGUCUCAAAAAACAAAAGGAGAUGAAACAGAGAAAAUGAAAGAAGGAAUGAAUAGAAUGGAAGCCAAAUAAAGAGUCCAUUGCUUGAGACAGUCUCACUAUAUACCUCUAGUUAGCCUGGAACUCAAGAGAAGUCCACCUGCUUUUUGCCUUCCCACUUCUAGGAUCGAAGCCCUAAAUCUUUAGGAAAAGAUUUGGGGGAAGAAAUAGUUGACAACAGAAAAUGUAGUUUAAACCCAAUACAGUGUAUAAAGCUACAGGAUGUGGAAAUUUGAAGGUCAAUCAUGAUGGGGGAAGGGUGGGAAUUGUGUUAUGCAAUGUUCAUAAGGGACAAGACUCAAACUGAGGAUAGCAGGGAAGAAAGAAUUAAAGAAUUAAAAAAAAUUUUUUGUAAAGAUAGUGAAAUGGUUGAGGGGUAAAGAAGCUUGCCAACCUGAGUAGGAUCCUCAGGGCUCUGAUAGUGAAAAGUGAAAACUGACUCCCACAAGUUGUCUUCUGACCUCCAUCUGUGUGCUGUGGGAGAUCACAAACCACAGACACUAAAUAGCAUGCAUAAGCUCAGAGUUCACUUUCCAACACAGCCAAAAAGUGUGUGUUUGCAUCUUAGUCCCUGCUACCUAGGAGGCUGAGGCAGAGAAUCACUUAUACCCAGGAGUUAAGGUCUAGCCUAGUAUAGUCUCAAAAAAAAAAAAAAAAGUGUUGGGUUGCAGAGAUGGCUCAGUGUGUCAGAGCACUGACUGCUCUUCCAAAGGUGCUGAGUUCAAAUCCCAGCAACCAUAUGGUGGCUGACAACCAUCUGUAAUGAGAUGUGACGCCCUCUUCUGGUGGGUCUGAAGACAGGGUACAGUGUAUUUACAUAUAAUAAUAAAUAAAUCUUUUUUUAAAAAGUGUUGAUAAACGUAGAACAUUCAGAACUACAUAUAAAAACAGAAGUAGUUGUGGGCUGGAGAGAUGGCUAAGAGCACUGACUGCUCUUCCAAAGGUCCUGAGUUUAACUCCCAGCAAACACAUGGUGGCUCACAACCAUCUGUAAUGGGAUCUGACACCCUCUUCUGGUGUGUCUGAAGACAGCUAUAAUUGUACUCAUACAUAAAGUAAAUAAAUCUUUUUUUUUUAAAGUAGUAGUAGUCUUGUUUUUAGGAAAGUAACAGAAAUAAUUUUAAACUUACAGCUUAAAUACAACACAUGAAUUUUUUACACAUACAUUCAACACAAAACUUUGAAGUAUGUACUCACAAGCAGUUUUAUUUAGACUAAUAGCAUUCAAGGCCACUGUGAGCCACCUACCAAGGUUCAGGCAGCUUUUCUAAACAGUCCUGGCCCCCACCCACACACAAUGAGUGACAGCACUUAAAGCACACUCAAUAUCCUAGAAACAAAUCUGAAACACUAUCAAUUAAUCCAAUAAGGCAAUUUUUAAAAUAUACAGCACAUACAAGAACAUAUAAACAAUCCAGUCGUGAACAUUUUAUUCCAAAAGUAUCAGUAUAAAAUAAUGCGAAUGUCUCUGGAUAAAAUAGAACCAGAGAACAUCAUAUAACAUUCUUUAAACAGAGUAAACAAGCUGGAGAAAUGGCACAUCUUCCAGGGUACCUUAGUCCCAGUCCCAGCCCCCACAGCAGGGAGGCUCACAACACCUGCAACUCCAGCUCCAGAGGAACCCACCAUCUGGCCUUUGAGGACCUGACCUCAUGUGCACAUGCACAUAUACACACAUAAUGAAACAUAAUAAAAAGGUUUAAAAGGAGGGGAAAAGCAAGUAAAUAAAGACUAUCAAUCUGAAAGAAACCAAGCUACAGAAUCCUUAAAAAUCCUUUUCUGUUGCUGUUAAGUAAGAUCAGGAACAAUGAAAAAGAAAACCAUGUAUUUCAGUAAUGUAAAACUUGUUGCCAGGCGUGGUGGCGCAUGUCUUUAAUCCCAGCACUUGGGAGGCAGAGGCAGGUGGAUUUCUGAGUUCAAGGCCAGCCUGGUCUACAAAGUGAGUUCCAGGACAGCCAGGGCUACACAGAGAAACCCUGUCUCAAAAAAACAAAAAAAAAACAAAACAAAAACAAAAAAAAAGACGUAACAACAACAACAACAAAAAACUUAAUUUGGAUACAAGAUGCUUUCUUAGCUAGUUACAUUAAUCAUGCCUGAGUGACAAAUUCAAGUGCUAAUUUGAAAAUCAAAACAACAGUACAAGGAUCAAAUACUAUAUAUGGACCUGGUGGUUUAUCAAUUCAGCAAAAGCCUCAAUGUAAUUUUUAACAGAUUACCUUCUCUCUAUCCACAUGGAAAAGUCGGCAUCAACAUACUAGAAAGAUGUAUGCCCACAAAACUCUAAAUCCAACAAUAGUAGACUCUAGAAAUUUAAAAGAAACCACAGCAAUUUUGACAUAAGUUUUUUUGAAAGUAGUAAUCUCUAAAACACAAAUGUAUUUUUUAAGCACAAUUUUAAGAUUACGGAAUGAACUAAAGGUGUCAUAUAAAAUAAGUAGGAUUUUGUUGUUGUAAAAUUUAACUUCACCCACUUUGUGGAGUUAAAUAAAAGUUUACUGGCUUGCCAGGUGAGGUGGUACAAGACUUUAUAAUUCCAGCACUUCAAGAGGUAGCAUGUGGACCUCUAAGAGGUCUAAACCAACCUGUUCUACAUAGUGAGUUUUCAGAUCACCCAAGACAACAGAGACCGUCUCAAAAGCAACCACAAUACUAGAUGGUGAGGGCACACACCUUUGAUCCCAGCAGAGGCAGAUGGAUCUCUGAGUUGCAGGCCAGCCCGAUCUACAGAAUUACUUCCAGGACAGCCAGAGGUACACAGAGAAAAAAGCCAGUUUCAAAAACACAAAACAAUAACAAAAGCCCAUAACCAAAAAAGUUUACUGGUCCAAUCAAUUGCUUUGCAAUGCUUUUGACAAUGAAACAACCUUAUUUCUAAUUUUCUUUUACUUUUUUGUUUGUUUAAGAUAGACUCUUAUGUAACUGCAAUUGUCCUGGAACUCUAUAUAAAUCAGCCUGGCCUGAACUCAUGGAUAUUAAACAUCUCCCUCCUGAGCACUGAGAUUAAAGACUUAUGCCUCUACACCUGGGUAUUUUUAAUUUUUGAAUAAAAUUGUUUAUAGUUUGUAAAUAAUCAGGUCAGAAAUAAAUUAAUCAAUGUAAUUAAAAAGUUUACUAUUCGACACCAAACUGAAGACUCAUAUUUAUUUGAGGAUACCUUUUCUACAUUCAUUAAUCACGCUGUUGUUUCAACAUUAUUUCUCACCAAAGUUAUUGUGUGUGUGUGUGUAUAAUAACGAACAAUAUUGCUUAUGUCGAAAUUUAUAAGUCUGAAAAACAGGUGCAACGCUUAAUUAGAUACACGCUUUUUUUCUUCUAAGCUUAAAUUAAACCCUGGAAAGGAACUUAAAACUAAACGCAGUCAUCCUCCAGCUUGAAUAAUCCUUUCAAACAGAUGCAGCAAUUUUAAAAAUUCAAGGCAUGAACCCGCAACUGUCACCUUCCAAAAGUUAGGAUAACCCAAGUCUGUCAGAGGAUCACAUUAAGUGGACAUUUAACUCCGUUUUAGCUUGUACUAAGCGAUAAGUACGGUCUACUUCAAAUUAAGACCAAUUCUUUCCGCAGACAUUUCCUAAAUACUGUACUGACAGCCCAGCUUUGCUUUGCAUCAGUAAAAACAUGAAUAUAGUAGGGAACUCUAGAGAAGCCGACUCAAGAGAGAAAUAUUCAGUUAAAGUGUUGAUGAAUCAGUAAGCGCUAAAGGAAAUCCAAGUGAGUAGAGCGGCAUCGCAGGUACUUAAAGGAGUUGAGGAUGGGAAGGCAAACUUGUCCGGCCGGCCGCGAGCCAUUGUGCGCGGCGGUAGCCCGAAGCGGCGUGGCUGUCAAGGGGCAAGUGCGUACCGAGGCGCGGGGGAGGGGGCAGGACGCCACAUCGGAAGGGGGUGCAGGAGCCAGGAGGCAAAGACGCUCAUCCCAGGCCCUCUCCGCGUGGCCUCACCCUCAAGGGGACCCACAAGCGCAAACUCAGUGCCUAGCGGGCCCACGCCAGACUCUCGCCCAGAGGCGCUGGGCCCAAACCCCGGAGGCCCAGGAGAGGUGGCUCCGGAGGAGCCCUGCGGACGCCAUGCUAAAAGCCAAAAUGGCUGCCCCAAGGAUGCCCGCAGCGCGCCGCCCGUGAGGAGGGAGCCGGGCGCGCCGUCACCGCUCGCCGGCCGGAGCGGCUCAGGACCUGGGGAGAGGGCUUAGCAAAGUGCUCCCCACGAGAGCACGAGAACCUGAGUCUGGAUCCCAGCACGCACAGAACAAAGCCAGGUGUAGCAGCGCACAGCUGAGCUCCUAGCACUGCCGAUGCAAAGACAGGUUCCAGCUACGGUCAUCCAGUGCCAUAACUUUUAAAGGAUAUUGCAAAGAAACUGGGAAAGGGUGAAAAAAUGAUCAAGUUUUUCCUUAUGGUGAACAAGCAAGGGCAGACCCGACUGUCUAAGUACUACGAGCAUGUGGACAUUAAUAAACGUGCGCUUCUGGAGACUGAGGUCAGCAAGAGUUGCCUGUCUCGGUCCAGCGAACAAUGCUCAUUCAUUGAAUACAAGGAUUUUAAACUGAUCUACCGGCAAUAUGCAGCUCUCUUUGUUGUGGUUGGAGUUAAUGACACUGAGAAUGAGAUGGCUAUCUAUGAAUUUAUACACAAUUUUGUGGAAGUUUUAGAUGGGUACUUCAGCCGAGUGAGUGAAUUAGAUGUAUCCUUUUUCUGUACAUUUUUCCAUGGUAUGUGGCAAAAAGCACACUCAGGAUGUGACCAUCAGAGAAGACAGCUGAUGCUGCGGUCCAAGAAUGUUGUGGAUAGGUGGAGAGGAGCCUGGAGAACAGAGCUGUUAGCCCAGCCGGCUCUGCCUUGUUCCUGCCCUGUGACCUUGGCCAGACUCUGGACUGUUUGCUUCUGAGUAGAAUGAAAUACGUAUUAAGGCACUCAUCACAAUGCCGGGACCCUGAGCGUCCCACAGCAGUGCUGCUGUUACCGAGGCUGGAUUGUCACUUGCGUGUGCGCUGGCACUUACAUUGUACCCCACGCCUGCCGUUCUGCAUUGGGAGGCAGCUCAGUGCUGGAGUGGUGCCUAACGUGCAAGGUGCUGAGUUCCAUCCUUAGCACAAAUACAUACACUCAUACGCUAGUGCUUGUAUACUCGCGCGCACACACACACACACACACACACACACACACACACACAUAGUUUAAAUGGCUGUCUCAAUAUCUACUUAUCCCACUUUCCUAGCCAGAGUGAACAUAGGUAUGGACAUGUAUAUAGAGGUCCUGUCUGUCUACUAAGGAUUUGAAAAACAAAAGCAGGUUUAGGUUUACCUAUACCAGGAGAGUAUCAGGCUAAGCCUUGUUAUUAUUUUUAUUUAUUAAAUUCUCCAGCUAAUUUCCUUAAUGUGACCCAGAUAAUGUUUAAUUUGGAUAAAGUUCACAUCAUUUUGGAUGAGAUGGUGUUAAAUGGCUGCAUUGUGGAAACUAACAGAGCCAGAAUUCUUGCCCCUCUGCUGAUUCUUGACAAGCUGUCGGAAAGCUGAUGAAGACGAUCAGGGUUUGAGUGCUGUGAAGGCCAAGGAAGAGAUCAUGGAUGACAGCAGCCUUCUAUAGUUCCUAUCCCAUAGUUCCUAAAGAGAAAACAAUUCUUGUGUACACAUUUUUCUCUUAACAGAGAGCCACAAUUUUACUUGGUAACUGUAAGCUUGCUUUUCCUUCUAUAGGUACUGCAGGGUUGCAGUGUGAUGCAAGCAUGGCAGUUGUCCAUCAGCCAAUAAACUUCAAAUUGACUUGAC